AUGAAGCUCUUUCCGGUGAUCGUAAACGUUUCCGUGCUUAUCUUGAGCAUCGUCCCCUCGGUCUGGGUAUCGCCACAUCUGGUCCCCACUCUUGCGAUGGAGGCAUCUCUUGGUCCUACCUUCUGCUCAGCCCCCACCAACGUCGAUGUCGACAACUUCGCUAGCCGUAUUGACAACCGCAGCGCCAUGAUCGCUGCCAGAUACAAUUACUGCAAGCACGCUGGCGGAGCUCCCAGGUUCCAUCGUAGGUUUGUUGUUCGUGCCUAUGACAUGACGCAUGAGUCGGCGGCCUUUCGCCGUUUGCUUCAAGACCCUAACCAGGGUGAUAACGCUGCGCCCAACUCUUUCUUUGACCCGCCUUCGAACUGGAGACUGCACCUGUCGCGCGUCUACUGGCUCUCCGUGCUCCUCCGCUCGCCCAUUGUCAGGUCUCUCCAUCAGGAUGACGCCCCCGUAUUGCAUCAAUUGCAGCAGGGCAUCGACAAAAAUCUUGACAUCGCGGACCUACGCGCCCUCGUCACGGGGGCCAUUGAUUGGGAGACAUUCAUUGGCAGCAAGGAAUACGACAUCGCGAUGACUACUGCGGGGGAGUAUCUCGACGAUAUUGCCUGCAGAGCUGAGAUUCUGUGUGCCAAGGGUUUCCCUAUUGACGAAGCUUCCAAUAUGAAGAGGCCCGACCUUUAUUGUGUCUGGGGCAAUACCCUGUCUCCACUCUUCGUUUUCGGUGAUCCGAAACAAUUGCGGCCUACUGUCAUGAUGCCGACUGAGCGCUGGCCGAACUCUAAGAAGAGACCUGGAGAGUUUAUCAAUCGCUUCGCCUGGGAUGCCCGAAUCUCGGCUCCAGAGUACUUACAGGCUUCCGGUAUCCCUACGUAUCGUUAUCAUGGUGAUCUUGAUACCACGAAGGCCAGCGACUGA